AUGCAGAACAGUAAGAAUAUGGUUCCGUACGGUUACACCAACAUCUGCACAAAGGCACCACGCCUAAGCUUGAACCACCUUAUAGCGCAGCCCAUGGCGGCCACUGACGCUGGUGCACCCGCGGCCCCAGCUAAUUCCGCGCCCGGUGGCGUUCGGACAGGAAAGGUGAAGUGGUUCAACAGCACCAAGGGCUUCGGGUUCAUCACGCCGGACGACGGCGGAGAGGAUCUGUUCGUUCAUCAGACGAGCAUCAAGGCGGAGGGCUUCCGCAGCCUCGACGAGAACGAGGCCGUCGAGUUCACCAUCGAAACCGCAGCUGACGGCCGCACCAAGGCGAUUAAUGUCACCGGGCCCGGCGGCGCGUAUGUGAAGGGCGCGCCGAGGCGGGACAACUAUGGCGGCGGCGGCGGGUACGGCGGCGGCGGGUAUGGCGGCGGCGGCGGGUACGGCGGAGGCGGGUAUGGUGGUGGGGGAUAUGGGGGGGAUUUCGGCGGUGGGGGAGGAUAUGGGGGUGCGGGCGGGUAUGGCGGGGGGUAUGGUGGAGGCCGCGGGGGGAGGGUCCGUCCGGUGGCGCAGGUGGUGGGGGAGGAGGAGGACGCACUUGCUACACUUGCGGCCAGCCUGGGCAUAUUGCGAGGGACUGCUUGUCUGGCGGGCAGUAGUGCGAUGGUGUGCUUAUAA